AUGAGAACUAAUGCUUCCCAGUUCGAACAUGGUGGAUUAUAUGAAAAACUGGUCGGCGGCGAGUUCGACAUGGAAUUGAACUUCGUGAUCCAGGACGCGCAGAACAUACAGCACAUGCUCGAGCUACUGGACCACUGCCCGCCGAGCUUGCAGGCGGAGAUCUGGUCGGUAUUCAUCGCGAUACUGCGGAAAAGCGUGCGCAACCUGCAAGCUUGCACCGAUGUGGGCCUCAUCCACCACGUGUUGCAGCGACUCCCGCGCGCAGAGACAGUUGUUGCCGAUCUCUUGAUAGAAAUGCUAGGAGUCCUGGCCAGUUACAGCGUAACAGUUAAAGAACUUAAACAGUUGUUUAAUGCUAUGAAAGCAGUAAACGGCAAAUGGCCGAGGCACUCCGCUAAGCUGUUGAACGUGCUCCGUCAGAUGCCUCACAGGAACGGACCCGACGUGUUCUUCAGCUUCCCUGGCAGGAAGGGAUCGGCGAUCGUGCUUCCGCCGCUCGCGAGGUGGCCAUACGAGAACGGAUUUACAUUCACGACGUGGUUUCGGUUGGACCCCAUCAAUUCUGUCAACAUCGAGCGAGAAAAGCCCUAUUUAUAUUGCUUUAAAACGAGCAAAGGAGUCGGUUACACUGCGCACUUUGUCGGUAACUGCCUGGUAUUGACCUCUAUGAAAGUACGAGGUAAAGGGUUCCAACAUUGCGUCAAAUACGAAUUUCAACCACGAAGGUGGUACGCGAUAGCAGUGGUGUACAUAUACAACAGAUGGACAAAAAGCGAAAUCAAGUGCUUAGUAAACGGGCAACUAGCAUCGAGUACAGAAAUGGCCUGGUUCGUCUCGACAAAUGACCCUUUCGACAAAUGCUACAUCGGCGCGACGGCAGAGUUGGACGAGGAACGCGUCUUCUGUGGUCAGAUGGCAGCCAUCUAUUUGUUCGGUGAGGCGCUCACCACUCAUCAAAUCUGUGCCAUGCACAGGCUUGGACCGGGAUAUAAGAGUCAAUUCCGUUUCGACAACGAAUGCAACAUCAGUUUACCGGAGAACCACAAAAGGGUGAGCGAGACGACCGCUCCCAAGCUUGACGCUGAUAUCCCUUCCGUUCCCGAAAACGAACCCCAAGCUCCCGAGUCCCAUUCCCCCGAGCCCGCUUCGCGAGACGAAGAUACUAAGGCCGCAGAGAGCGAAGAGGCUUGCGUAGUUGUUAAAGAAGACUCGACGCCUCGCGGGCGCCGAUUGGCGGACGAGGCGCGCGAAGUGGCCGCUGCGCAUGCAACUCUGCUCGUAGAUAUUGAAGCAUGCAAGCGUGUGUUAUACGACGGUAAACUGUCGUCGGCGAUAGUGUUCAUGUACAACCCGGUGGCGACUGACGGACAGCUAUGUUUGCAGUCCGCUCCCAAAGGGAAUGUGUCGUACUUUGUGCAUACACCACACGCACUCAUGCUGCAGGAAGUAAAAGCAGUCGUGACGCAUUCGAUCCACAGCGCCCUCAACUCUAUAGGGGGCGUACAAGUUUUGUUUCCGUUGUUCGCGCAGCUCGACUUGCCGCACGAUGCACCGGCCACCGAUCCGAAACGUGACCCCAUGCUGUGUUCGAAGCUGCUCGGCUUCGUGUGCUCGCUGGUGGAGUCGUGCAGCACGGUGCAGCAGCACAUGCUGCAGUGCCGCGGCUUCCUCGUCAUCUCGCACAUGCUGCAGCGCUGCGGCCGCGACCACCUCACUCCGGACACGCUCGCCUCCUUCCUGCACUUGACCAAACACCUCGUCACUUGCUGCUCUCCUAAUUCCGAUUUGCUGUUGAAACAGUCGUUCUGUCAAUCGUUCCUGACAUGGCAGUUGCUGGACCACGUGCUGUUCAACCCGGCGCUGUGGAUCCACACUCCGGCCGCGGUACAGGCGCGCCUCUACUGCUACCUGGCUACGGACUUCCUCGCCGACGCUCACAUAUACGGCAGCGUGCGUCGAGUCAGCACCGUGUUGCAGACUGUACACACGCUCAAGUACUACUACUGGCUGGUCAACCCUCGACCCAAGAGCGGCAUCGCGCCUAAAGGUUUGGAUGGUCCCCGACCAGCCCACAAGGACAUACUAACGAUACGAGCGUACAUUCUCCUGUUCCUCAAACAACUCAUUAUGAUCGGAAACGGAGUGAAGGAGGACGAACUUCAGUCGAUCUUGAACUAUCUCACAACAAUGCAUGAGGACGAGAAUCUUCACGAUGUACUGCAAAUGUUGAUCUCUUUGAUGUCUGAGCACCCCAGCUCUAUGGUGCCAGCAUUUGACGCAAAGGGCGGUGUGAGAACGAUAUUCAAGCUUCUGUCUUCUGAGAGCCAGUUGAUCAGACUACAGGCGUUGAAACUCCUCGGUUUCUUUCUGAGCAGAAGCACACAUAAACGCAAGUACGACGUGAUGUCGCCGCACAACCUGUACACGCUGCUGGCCACGCGGCUGGGCGCGGCGGGCGAGGCGCUGGCGCUGCCCGUGUACAACGCGCUGUACGAGCUGCUCACGGAGCACGUGGGCCAGCAGAUCCUCUACACCAGCCACCCCGAGCCGCAGCCGCACUUCCGCCUCGAGAACCCCAUGAUUCUGAAGGUGGUCGCAACACUGAUCAGACAAUCAAAGCAGACGGAACAAUUACUCGAAGUGAAGAAACUGUUUCUGUCAGACAUGACACUGCUGUGCAGCAACAAUCGAGAGAAUAGGCGUACAGUGCUACAGAUGUCCGUGUGGCAGGAGUGGCUCAUCGCCAUGGCGUAUAUACACCCCAAGAACGCAGAGGAGCAGAAGAUAUCUGAUAUGGUUUAUUCGUUGUUCCGUAUGCUGUUGCACCAUGCCAUCAAACACGAAUAUGGAGGCUGGAGGGUGUGGGUUGAUACCCUGGCCAUUGUGCAUUCCAAGGUAUCGUACGAAGAAUUUAAACUACAAUUUGCCCAAAUGUAUGAACAUUACGAGCAAAGACGCGCCGACAACAUAACGGAUCCAGCUGAAAGGCAACAGCGACCAAUCUCGACAAUAUCUGGCUGGGACAGACAUACAGAUGCAUCUGCAAAAUCCAGAGUCCUCCCCGAUACGGACGCUAGCGACGAUAGUACUCCAGUCUCUGUUAAGAAACAAAAUGUACUCAACCAUGCAGCUCAAACGGAAAUAGGCAAAGGAUUAUCUCUCAGAGAAGUCGAAUCGUGUCGGUGUAAACGGCCUAGUGAAAGUACGGAAGACAGUCGGACUACAGUAGUGUAUAGUGAAGUGUGUAAAGUGCAUAGUCCAGCUAAAACUGUUGAUACCGAAGUGCCCGCCGAAGGUUGUGAUAGUGUUAGUAAUACCGAAGUCGAACACGCUAUCGACGAAGAACAGAUAGAGGAGAAAAUGCUUAACGCGAAUACUGAAUUAGUUCAAUCUAUUAUUGAAAAUAAGCUUCUAGAAAGUUCCGAAUCCGGUAUCGGAACAAUUGAACCUGACUCAGACAAAAAUGACAAGCCAUUGACUAGACAAGGCAGUCUCGACUACAUUCCAGUUAGAGAUAUCGGAGAUAAUGUUAUGAAAGACGACAAUACCGAUAAAAGUGAGGGUCUACCUUCUAGUUUGUCGGUCAGCGAAACGGCAAGUCCAGAGAGAGUUGCUGAUGGAUUAAGCAAUAUAAAUGAAAGAGAAUCAGAACUAUCAGAUCCGUCCGAAUUGUACUUAACUCCCAGUGAAGCGACUAGUCCUAGAAAAAUACAAGAAAAGACUGAAUCUAGCAUUCCAGAUGAUGUUUCAAAUGAUGAUCCGAAACACAUCGCUAUAAAUAUUGUAAACGAUGUCCUAACGGUUGCUUUGGAAACGGUGAGAUUAAAAACGGACGAUGAUACUGAUUCGGGUGCUAUAUCUGGAGGACUCCAUUCCGAAGGGAACACGCCGAACGGCCGGGAAGAUUUAGAUCAGGAUAUUGAAGAUAUAUUAGAUCAAAAACAAGUAGUAGAGACGAUUGCGAAUGAUCUUGUAAAUGACAUAAUUUCUGCAGUAGUUUCUAAAAGCGAGAGUGUCGAUGAACCCGUAAUAAACACAGAAAUCGCUCAAAGAGACAUUCCGUUGGACCUUCCGGAAGAAAGUAACGUUUUGCCCCUCGAUGGAGAAUUUUUAGUUAACACCACAGAGGAGUCUAAUAACGAACCGAUCGCCACUGAAACUAUUGACGAGGAAAACGCCAAAAACGAAAGCCAAAGACUAGAAAGUAAUGCGUCAGAAGAAAACAAAACGCCAGAGAUACCUCCUAUUUCGACAAUUAGUGAGAAUAUAUCGUUAGCGAACAAGAAGGAGGAAAAUGAGGAUGGGAAGAAUAAUGAUGACAGAGACAAACGACGUGUGAGCCUGCCUGGUGAUAGUGAGAUGAAGCAGGACAGCAAUAGAGGAGAAGGCGUCGCCACACAAGGGACGAACACGUCGACGUCGCCGAAAAGACCUCGCAGUGCCUCUACGAGUACACAAGUUGAUUCGAAUCACUUUGAGACGAAACGGCCGUCGAAAUGCAAUCGCCCGAUGUUUUCCCCGGGGCCGACGAGGCCGCCUUUCCGCAUCCCGGAGUUCCGUUGGUCCUACAUUCACCAGCGCUUGCUGUCCGACGUUUUGUUCUCGUUGGAAACAGACAUACAGGUGUGGCGUAGUCACUCCACUAAGUCGGUGAUAGACUUUGUGAAUAGCAGCGAGAACGCGAUAUUCGUCGUCAAUACUGUUCACCUUAUCAGUCAGCUCGCUGACAAUCUUAUUAUCGCUUGCGGUGGACUGCUGCCUUUGCUGGCUUCAGCUACAUCGCCUAAUAACGAACUAGAUGUCAUCGAGCCGACGCAAGGUAUGCCCGUCGAAGUGGCGGUCACGUUUCUACAGCGUCUCGUGUCUAUGGCUGAUGUACUAAUAUUCGCGAGCGCCUUAAAUUUCGCCGAGUUAGAAGCCGAGAAGAACAUGUCUAGUGGAGGAAUACUUAGACAGUGCCUGAGAUUGGUGUGCACGUGCGCCGUGCGCAACUGCCUCGAGUGCAAGGAGCGACAGCGCUGCGCGGCCGCGAGGAACAACCGCAACGAGUCCCCGUCGCCCAAGAGUGUCGUUGCGAGCUUAGCGGACGCUUCGAGCCCGGUUAAGGACCCAGAGAGAUUACUACAAGAUAUGGACGUGAACAGAUUACGUGCAGUUAUCUACAGAGACGUGGAGGAGACGAAGCAAGCUCAGUUCCUGUCGCUGGCCAUCGUGUACUUCAUCUCGGUGCUGAUGGUGUCGAAGUACCGCGACAUCCUGGAACCGCCCGCGCAUGCGCAGACCGAGUGCGCGCGCCGCGUUCACCACGCGCACGAACACCACGGGUCGCGGCCGCUGUUCCCGCAGUGGUCGCACCACGUGUACCCGCAGUUCCUGCCGGGUGGGCACCCCGCUCACCGCCACUCGCACUGCAAGCUCGAUUGCGGCCAACACGUUAACAAUAAUACGCACGCGCACGCUCGCAUCGCUAAUUACCACCGCGCGCACGCAGAACACAACGGUGACGACGUGGAGUACGCUAUGAUAGUUGUGGAUGAAAACAACUCGACGAUGAAUGAGUUAGACUCGCCCUCAAUGAAGGUAAGUCCACACUUAGAUCGGGGCGUCGCUAAGAUAGAGACGACCACGGACGAAGUGAAACCGAAUUCCGGUGAGAAGUCCAAGGAGGCUGUAACGCCGGCCUCUGAGAAAGAAGAGCCGCUUUUCAAAUCGAGUCUCCGGGUCAAGACUCAGCCCAAACCGAAGCCUCCCAGUGCAAGGUCAAAAACAUUAUCAGGAAUAACGGUGUCGGUAGUUAACUUGAGCGUGGAUUCUAUCGAGGACGCUGGCUCGUUUCACCUGAACUCGACCGAGACGACUAACAACGACCCUGAAACCUCCAGCGAGAUCGCUUUAGAUGAUAAUAAGCAUCCCGUAAGCAACGAUGAAUCUUGGACCGACGUUAAUUUGAACGAAGACGGUGAGAGAGGUCCAGCGACCAUAACAGGAAGAAACAGAGAUCACGAGGGCAACGUUCACGAAGAUAUAGACAAACAAAUCCACAUGAGGAAUUCCGAACACCACCACAUGGCCCAGCGGCUGAACAGAAGCCUACAGACUGCUCAGCGACAUUUACACGCGGAUAAUGAAGCUUUGGCGGGACUAUCUAUAAGCACAACGAUGUCAGCUGACGGUGUCUCUAGAGAAGCGUCGCUCACUCACAAGCUCGAGACCGCUCUAGGGCCAGUGUGUCCUCUGUUGAGAGAGAUAAUGCUAGAUUUUGCACCUUUCUUGUCCAAAACUUUAGUGGGCAGUCACGGACAAGAAUUACUGAUGGAAGGUAAGAGGCUCCAAACGUUCAAGUCCAGUACGUCAGUGGUUGAGCUGGUGAUGCUCCUCUGCUCCCAGGAGUGGCAGAACUCUUUACAGAAGCACGCGGGGCUGGCGUUCAUCGAGUUGAUCAACGAGGGUCGGCUGCUGUCGCACGCCAUGAGGGACCACAUCGUGCGCGUGGCUAAUGAGGCCGAGUUCAUACUGAACAGGAUGAGGGCCGAUGACGUGCUCAAACAUGCUGAUUUUGAGUGCGCGUGCGCAGCGACGGGGCAGGAGCGCGCGGAGGAGGAGCGCACGUGCGAGCGUCUGAUCGCGGCCGCGCGCCGCCGCGACACCGCCGCCGCCGCGCGCCUGCUGGACAAGCUGCACCACGCGGCCGCCGCGCGCGCCGGCGAGGGCGAGUCGAUCGACGGCGGGUUCUGGAAGCUGGACUCGUGGGAGGACGACGCGCGGCGCCGCCGGCGGCUGGUGCCGGACGCGCGCGGGCGGCGGCACGCGGCGCGCGCGCAGCUGGCGCCGCCGCCGCCGCCCAGCGACGCCAUACUGCAGGCGACGGAGGAGCUACACGCUCGCAUCGCCCAGGCGGCAGGUGGAGCUCAGCUGCCGGCACCUGCUGCUGCAGAGCUGCUGGACGACGCUGAGCUACUGCUGGACGAGCGCGAUACCGACCAGGACCUUGCCGGUCCCGUGAACAUCAGCACUCGGGCCAAGCUCGUUGCCCCAGGUCUCGUGGCGCCGGGCACCGUGUCGCUCACCUCCACCGAACUCUACUUCGAAGUCGACGAGGACGACCCCGAGUACAAGAAGGUCGACCCUGAGACUUAA